GUCCAUUUAAGAGUUUGUAUGUAUAUGAUGUUGCUGUCCACAUUACAUGCAUUGUUUACCAUUAAAUAUGUGAAACAUUAUUUAAGGUCAAACCUAACACAAAUUAUAACUUUUUUUUUCCUUUUUUUUUUUUUACCAGUUUAUUGUGACAUAGAGAGUAUUUUAAGAGUACUAUAAUUAUGAGUUAAUCAUGACACGACACAAUUUAAGAGUUUUUAUACAUUAUAACAAAAUUGUUCGACAAAUGACACUUGAACUAGACUUGAUAUAAAUAAACCAUUUACCACUUGCAGUUUCGCAAAUCGCGGGCAAAGAAAUUAGACCAGAAUAUGUCUCUCAGUCUCUUCCUUGUCAAAGACAAAGACUAUUCCAAAGCCAAAUAACAAAAGAACAGCCAAACUAAAACCAACUUCAAUAAAUCAAAUAACCCUCUUUUUUUUUUUUUUUUUUUUUUUUUUUUUUUUUUUUUUUUUGGCUCACGGGAAGAUAGAUAAAAAGUCUUAAGAUAUUCAUGUGCCUUAAACUUGUAGGAUGACCUCCAACUAAGGCAAUACACUACAACUAUACAUACACCCCUCAUUCCUCUUCUUACCAAAUUUGUUAUUUUCUCUCUCCUCUUCUUUACAUUUCAUACAUUGCUUUCUGUGCUUACUUAACAGAAAGUUACAUCAGAAUUUUUCCAGCAGAUAUCAGUUCAUAAUCAUCAUAUUUUUCUGCCAAAAAUAAAAUCUCUUUUUUUUUAACCAAUCUUCUGUUUUUUGUACUUCCCAUUUUGUCAUGGAAACUUCCUCCAUUCUUGGUUCUGCAGAAUCAUCUGACAGUGCUGCAGUCAACUACCGCGGUGGUGAACACUCCUUUCACCAUUCUCCACCCGGAAAUUAUGAUGAUAAGCCGAGUAAUCAGGGGAGUUUUUCCCUGACUUCCAUUCUCCUGAUUGUCAUACCUAUCUUCAUACUUAUCCUCCUUUCUUUCAUCGUAGUCCUUAUUAUAUUGCUUCGACGACAGAGGAGGUCGUCGAAGUGUAACAAUUAUAACAGCAACAGCAACAGCGACAACAGCUGCAAGUUUGCUGCUGAUACUGCUAUUAGUUUUACUGAAAGCAGUCCAGAGGUGAAGAAUGAGUGUAUGUCAAACCCGAGCUCAAGGCGUACAUCAUCACAAUUUAGACAAAAAGGUGUACAAGUAUUCACAUACAAGGAGCUGGAAAUGGCAACAAACAACUUCAACGAGACGAAUGUGAUAGGGCACGGUGGUUACGGGGUGGUGUACAGAGGAAUUCUAGGAGAUGGGACUGUGACAGCAAUUAAGAUGGUGAACAGCAAUGGCAAGCAAGAAGAGCGUGCUUUUAGAAUAGAGGUGGACCUACUAAGCCGUUUACAAUCCCUUUACCUAGUUGAGCUACUUGGCUAUUGCGCGGAUCAAAAUCACAGGCUCCUAAUCUUUGAAUUUAUGCCCAACGGCAGCCUACAGCAGCACCUACAUUCACCUCACACCUACCCUCAGCCAUUGGAUUGGGGCACUCGACUACGUAUCGCCCUUGAUUGUGCCCGUGCCCUCGAGUUCCUUCAUGAGCAUGUAACACCUUCCAUAAUCCACAGGGACUUCAAAUGCAGCAACAUUCUAUUGGACCAUAACUUCAGGGCUAAGGUGUCUGAUUUUGGUUUGGCUAAGACAGGUUCGAAUAAGAUCAACGGUCAGAUUUCAACUCGCGUCUUAGGGACCACCGGAUACCUGGCUCCAGAGUGGGUACGCUUCAACAGGGAAGCUCACUACAAAAUCAGAUGUUUACAGCUUCGGGGUUGUUCUUUUACAGCUCAUUACAGGACGUGUACCUGUAGAUACAAGGCGCCCAUCAGGAGAGCAUGUCCUUGUCGAUUGGGCUCUUCCAAGACUAACUCACAGACAGAAGGUAAUGGAAAUGAUUGAUCCAAAUUUAAAAGGGCAAUACUCCCAAAAGGAUAUAAUUCAGAUUGCAGCAAUUGCUGCUGUUUGUGUACAAGUAGAGCCAGAUUACAGACCUUUGAUGACGGAUGUUGUGCAGUCUUUAAUCCCUUUGGUGAAAAAUCUUUCAUCUGUUCCUUCAAGUUCAUCCAGAUAUCUCACUAAUUUCGUCAGUCCAAGGUCUCAGAGGCCGUCUUUGUCAUAGUAAAUGACUUCUCUAGGAAAAAAUUGGUUUACAUUCUUUUGAAUCUGAUGGAGAUUUCUGUACUUCGUAUUUUCUCCUAAAAGCCAACGAUCAAGAUUAAAAUUGGCAUGCAAAUACAUGAACACGGCCAAAAUGAGGAUUAUUGAAAAGAUUCACGUUGCAGUGUAUAUUAUGAAGAGGAGCACACAGUUCAAAGAGCAGCAUGACCAUGCAUUUCAACAUCAGGAAUAAUUCAAGAUAACAGCAACAGACUCACGGUAUAGCUUCCAAUCCAUGUACCUGGAAGUUAGACAGAGUCAAAAGAAAAACAAGUUGUGGAGUCUGAUAAUUUAAUGCUGUACAUGAAUACUACAAUGGUUUAUCAUUCUGUAAGCUUUUGCUUAAGUAUAGAAUAAGGAAAGUUCGAAGAAAAA